ACAACUUGCAAGAGAAGAAGAACAUCAGGAGGGCUGUUUGAAAAGAUCCACAGAAAGAAACUGCGCGUAAUAUAGUUUUCAAUCUCUUGAAAACUAUACAUUUGACGAUGUUUUAAUAUAUCAAGACGCACGAUAUUUUUAAUCCUUAUGAGCAAAGAACAUCAAGAUCAAAUAAUGGCUGGAGAAAUUUCAGGCAGUUUGAGAGGUCAAUCCUUCUACCUGCAUGUUGUGAAGAGACAUCAGUCCGUCACACUCGCUGACAUCAUCAGCCGUCUGGGAGGGAAAGUGGACAGUUUUCUCACCAAGGAUGUGAAUGUGAUUGUGACGGGAAUUAAAGAACCUCAGAGUGAUUUGCAGGUGGAUGGUUCAUGUACUGCAGGGGGGAAACAAAGUGGAACCCCCAAACCUCUGCUUUGUGGCAGUCGUGGAAAAGCAUUACUGGAAAAAGCAAUCCACAGAAAUGAGAAGUAUCAGAGCAGUGCGCUGGCGAAUGCUCGUUUGUGGGGAGUCAAGGUCUACAAUGUAGAUGAAUUUCUAAAGUUCAUCAAUCAUCUAAAUGAGAAAAUGAAGAUAGCUAAGAAAAAAAGAAGCAAACUAACAGCUCCUCAUGUGAAAGCUGGAGUUUUGAGAAGUCCUUAUCUGAAAGUGGAGGACUCCAGUCGGAAGUUCAGACCAUUCUAUGCACAGACUCUGAGUUUCCCAAUGAUGAGUUUUUCAGGAAAAUUUAGCCCUUUUGAGCCCCUCAUUCCUCGGCAGUCUGGUAGAAGCAAGGAUGUAGAUUCCAGCAAGGACAGUUUUAGGAAGAAAGAAACCACUAGCAGCUGCCGUAAGUUGCAAGUGCCACUUACUGCAAGCGCCCCACGCAGACGCCCAACUAAGAAAAGUUCAGGCUAUUGUGAGUGCUGCCACGUGGUCUACAAAGACCAGUAUGAACACUUGCUGUCUGAAAUGCAUCGUUCUUUCAUUCAAAAUGACAGUAACUAUGCUGUAGUAGACCAACAAAUGGCUGCCAUGGUUGCUAGCUUUGUUUGUAAUCCAAAUCUAGAAGUGGAUCCAACGCCAAUCAAGUCCUUGACAGGCUUCUCUCAAUUAAAAUUGUGUAAUUUAACUGAGAUGGUGCAGAAUACUGUCAGCGAGAAUGAAAAAUCUCUUCAGACUCCACUGCAUCAAGAAUGUGAUCGUCUACUGGUGAUUACUGACAAUAGAGUAAACCUCUUUCCUAAACCUAUCCAAAGUCCACCUGGUCAACCAAAUGCAACCUUGCAUCCUACAAUGCAAAAUAACUCUCCUGAUCUUGGCAAUGUCAAAUUAGACCUCUACAUCAGCUGCACCACAAAUGUUCAGGACUUUCAAUCUGGUGUUCUCUGCAUGGAUAUAGUACCACAUCACAUUCCUCCAAAAUCCCAGUCAAUAGAGAAGAAACCCAAAAGCCUAUCUUCUGUCAUACUUUCAGAAGCUCCAUUCAAAAUGCUCACUCUAAACUCUUCUGGAGACAACAAAAUCCCAUGCAUAAUCUCUGGUGGUAAAAAUGUUCCUGAAUCUCAGGAACGAUGUGAAGGUGGUCAUAAUCUACAUGUGUUGCAUAUGCGAAGGGAUCUUACACGUGGUAUUCCUAACACAGUCAACUCUCGAAAUCAAAAACCUGACUGGGAUCAAGGUUUAAAAAUGUGCUCAAAAAGCCUCAAAAUGCUACUCCAGCGAGGUGAAGAUGAUAAUUCUGAAAGUUGUGGCCAGUAUGCGUUGGACCAUAGAAAGUUGCCUUCAACAAAACAGUCACUGAAAUCAGCCCAAGAUAUUUUUUGGCCUCCAGAGUCCUUCACUCCAAGUCCAAAACUUGCCAAGAGAAGAAAGAUUAAAGAAAAGCCAAACCCAAUUCAGGGGGGUUGCAGUGAUUCCUGGAUAAGACGGUACUCAUCUGAACUUUCCACCAUGCCAUGUUUACCGGUCUCCAAGAUUGGGAUUCUGGCCUGUUGUCAGGGUUUGCGGCUGGAGUUCCUCUUCAGAAUAAAGGGGCACAUGAUGACGUGA